AUUGAUGAAAAGCAAAGGCAAAGACAAAGAAAAGGAUGAUUCAGUACCGGUCUGUUUUCCUAUACCUGUUUUAGAUGAAAUUCAAUUCAAUUCUGAUGAUUCUUAUGAAGCUUUGGUAUCAGAAAAAAAGCGAAGAAGAUAUGAUCAGUUUCAUAAGACUAAUAAUAUCAUUCUAAGCAAAAAAUAUGAGAAACAAGUUGAUUCAACUAGUGAUAAAGAAACUGGUGAUGAAGAAUAUUCAUUUGGUGAUAAAGAAGGUUUUCAAUCGAUUGAUAAAUUAGAUGAUGACGAACUAGAUUUAGAGGAUUACGACUUACCUUUAAACAAUAAUGAAUUAUUUGCAGCUUUCA